AGCGUCGGGCAGCGCCGGGCGCCGCGGGGAGGGCGGCGGCGCGAGCCCAUCCGGUGGCGGGCGCGGGUCAAGGGGAUUACUUUCCUCCCCUCGCUCUUCCCUCCUCUCCCGCCUCCCUUUCCCCCGUGGUUAUUUUGGAUCAAGCUGUGGCGGCGGAAGGAGCCUGAAGUCAACGCUUCCGCCCAGUUUUCCUGUGAGGAGGAGGCGGGGGCGGCCGCGAGGAGCCGAGGCGGCGGCAGCGGCCGCUAAUGGAGUUGUUGCCGCGGAGGAAGCGCCGUCGCUGAACUUCCCCGCGGGCUUUCUCCCUCCUCUCCCCCUCAUCCUGCAGCCGAGGGCUCCUCUCUCGCCCUGGGAGCUCUGCUCCCCCUCCCUCCCCGCGCCGCUCCUCACACAAACAGCCGUGACGCAUCCUCGCUCUCCGCCGUCCCCCCCCUUCCCACCCCCAGGCUGGUUUAAAACGCCUCCCUCCCCCCGUCACCAGCCUUCUCCUUCGGGCCGGCGCGUCCUCCCUCCGCAGUGCUCGGCGUCGCUUUGGAGGGGGUGGGAGAUCCUCGUCGAGCCUCUCUGCCCCCCUUUUCCCCUUCCCUCCCCGCCUGCCCCGGCCUGUGGCGGCUCCGGUGUCUGGAGGAAUUUCUGCCGCCGCCUGCCCCGGCUGCGCGCGGGAGGCGGGCGGGCAGGGAGGGAGGCGGCCGAGCAGCAGCAGCAGGAGGAGGAGAAGGAGGAGGAGGAGGAGGGCAGCAGCGAAGGCGGCUGCAGCGGGAGAUGAGCUGCAGCGGGAGGACGGUGCGGUGCAGCUUUUUGCGGCGGGGAGCCCUCUCUUGUCUCCACAACUCUAUCCCCCUCUAACUGGGAGCAGCUCAAUAUCAGAAGAUCCGUGGGUUUUGCUUCUGUUUGCUUCACCAUCACCACCAUCAUCAUCGUCUCCAAAGACAGGGGAAAUAGGCUGCACCGCCGGACAUCAGGAUUUCGAGUUUCCAGGAUAAAGACCGCUCUCCUGCUCCUUCCCCCCGCCCCUCUCCCUUACUCACCGCACGGCCCGUGCCCUGGCCGGGGGCGGCAGACCGGGGGUAACAAUGGUGAAGUUUCUGGUGAGUUCUGGCUGCGCCCUGGCUGCGUCGGUGCUGCUCCGUGUGCCUGUCGGAUCGUGGUGAGGAGAAAAUGAGCGAAGAGACGGCGACUUCUAACGAUAAUAGUUAUGCACGAGUGCGAGCUGUGGUGAUGACCCGGGAUGAUUCAAGUGGUGGAUGGUUACCACUUGGAGGGGGUGGACUAAGCUGUGUCACAGUCUUCAAAGUCAUUCCCCAAGAAGAGAAUAGCUGUGCUGAUUUUCUUAUCCAUGGAGAACGACUCAGGGAUAAAACGGUGGUCUUGGAAUGCACAUUAAAGAAAGACCUUGUUUACAACAAAGUUACUCCUACUUUUUACCACUGGAAGAUUGAUGACAAAAAGUUUGGCCUCACAUUUCAAAGUCCUGCUGAUGCAAGAGCAUUUGAUAGAGGUAUUCGGAGAGCAGUAGAGGAUAUUUCUCAAGGUUAUCCACCCUCCCAAAAUGAUGUUGAAGUGGCAGAAGACUGCUUUCAAACUGCGCAAGAAAAUACAUCAGGUUCACUAAUGAAAGAUCACCUUUUUCAACAUGAAACUGUAGUAACCAGUGAAACUUACAACAGUGCAAAUUUAAGGCCUUCAACAUUUGAGGAUUUCAACACCAGGCGAGCCUGUUUUCCUAGCCAAUCUAACCAGGUCCCACUGAAGUCAAUCAGACAUGUUAGUUUUCAGGACGAAGAUGAAAUUGUCAGAAUAAACCCUCGUGACAUUUUGAUACGUCGUUAUGCGGACUACAGGCAUCCUGACAUGUGGAAGAAUGACCUGGAGAGGGAUGAUGCAGACUCAAAUAUACCAUUUUCUAAAUCAGACAGUAAAAAAUCUGACUAUUUAUACCCAUGUGGAGAUGGAACUAAGUUGAAUUCCUUAAAAGACUCAAAGAGUUCUGUGGUAUUUAAAACUCAGCCUUCCUCAUCAAAAUUUAAAAACUCAAAAAGAAGAAAAGAGGAUGGUGAGCGUUCCCGCUGUAUAUACUGCCAGGAAAGGUUUAAUCAUGAAGAUAAUGGCAGAGGAAAAUGUCAAGAUGCGCCAGAUCCUAUUAAAAGAUGUAUCUACCAAGUUAGUUGCAUGCUUUGCGCAGAGAGCAUGCUGUAUCACUGCAUGUCAGACUCUGAAGGAGAUUUCUCUGAUCCUUGCUCGUGUGACACUAGUGAUGACAAGUUCUGCUUACGCUGGUUAGCACUGGUGGCACUCUCGUUCAUUGCUCCAUGUAUGUGCUGCUACCUCCCCUUGAGAGCAUGCCAUCACUGUGGUGAGGUGUGUGGGUGCUGUGGAGGAAAGCAUAAAGCUGCAGGAUGAAUCAGUCUUGUGCCAAACAGAGCUGAAAAAUCUUUGUUUCCAGGAAGCAUCUAACUUGGAUUUGUGGAAGCUUUUUGGCAAGCUGAAGGGAAUCUUCUUUCACGUAAGAGAUGCUUGAUGUGGAGGAAGCAACAAGACUUGUCAGACCUUGGCAUUUUACAAGUGCUAGCCACGCCUAACUAUUUCCUUUGAGUGCGUGGCAUUUGUUGCAAGUUGUGAAGGAGAUUUUGCGAAGGAAAGCCUGUUCUUAUUAUUGGCUAUAAAAUGAGUAUAUAAACUAUGAUUAUACUAAAAGGGAUUAACUUUUGCCACUUUGUACAUUCAUGGUUUAGGUGAGGGGGCUCUUUUAAAAGGAUUAAAACUUAUCUGAGGGGAAAUUUUAACUAAAAGUGCACUAGUGACAGUUGAUUUAAGAUUAAGAAAAGUUAAUACUCAGCAAAUGAGAAUUGAAACUGAUUUUAAGUGCAACUAAAUCACUUAUUAAUAGUUUUUUGGAAGCAACUUUAUGUAUAAAUAACAAAUGUUUAUAUUUAACUAAAUGUGUAAGGUACGAAUUAUUACUUGUUAAACUUUCCUUCCCUCCAAUAUAGUAGGUAUGGACCAUAUCUACUGUCACAUUCCAUGGUAGUAUUUUAAAUAGUUAAUUUAGUUGCAUUUUUAUUCCAGAUGGACAAAUUGAUAUUUUCAGUCCUGGUUCCCUUCAGCUACAGUUUGUGUUGAGUUGUAUCCAUGCAUUCUGAUAAUCUAAAAACCUUUAAAAUAUUAAUUAUUCUAGUCUUGAGUGACCAAUAUUUUUUUCGUUAAGCACAGAUGUAAUUGUCUAAAAUGUUCUUGUUAGAACAUAACAUUUAUUUUUAUAUAUAAAUUACUUUGAUUUCAACAUAAUAGCAAAAAGGAUGUUGUUUCUGUUGUUCAACCAGCAAGUUGUUUUCUUUUGGGGUGUCCUCCAAAAAUACUUUCUUGCAUAUUCAAAUGUUCAUUAAGCAAAAGGUACAUUAAGGCAGUUGUAACAAAUUGUCACCAGUGUUCUUGUUUAUCCUUCUGUUAAACUAGGAUCCUGUUCAGCUGUUUAUCAAGUACUAUGAUUAAAACAAAAGAUUAAUAACAAAAGUGAAAUUGUUUUCAUUAUUUUGAGCCACAAGUUUUUCUAAUUUGAAUGGGCAAGGACAAAAGUACUGUGUGUUUUGUUCAGAAAGAACAACAAAAGACUUAGCUUGAGAAAUAAAUUACAGCCCAGGCAAAA